GGUUUGCCUUGAUAAUUCUAACCCACUGUUAUUUCGAGACUAGGUUGUUGGAAGAGACAACAUGAGGUUGCUGCUGAUCACAACUUUGCUGCAGAUCUUACAAACAAGUAGGAGCACAGCCUUAGCAGAUCUAAGGCAGAAGGUACUGGAUGGAAGGCUUAACCAGACUGUACGAUUUCCUCUAAAUCACAACAUCAGUGAAUCAGGUCAAGUCUUUAAUUUGGAGUGGCGAUUCAUUCAGGACAAGAUAUCAAGUUCAAUCCUCACAUUUUCGCCCGACUCCCUGCACCUAUACAUCUCAGAGGCUUUCAAAAACCGAGUGAACUUCUCCAUGACCAAUGCAGAAUUAUUUCUUAAAGACAUACAAAUUACGGAUGAAGGGACUUAUGAACUUGAAGUUACAACUACAGAUGGGAGAUCGGCUAAACGUUCAGUUUUUCUAACUGUAAAUGUCGCUGUGUCCAUUCCGCAAGUUGAAGUGAUUCCCAAAGCUCCACAGACUGGCGAUAAUGUGACUCUGCAAUGCUCUGCUCAGACGGGGAAUCUCAUCCAGUACAGCUGGUACCGAUGUGAUCUGCCUCUGUCAAAUGGAAUGAACUAUCAUCUGUCAGAGGACAACAGGUCCUUGACGCUCCAAAAUGUGCAGGAAUCUGACGUUGGCACGUACAGGUGCAAGGCAGAAAACCGUAUCAGCUCCAAACACGUAGACUUUGUGAUCCAGCUCUGUUUACCAUCAAAAGAAAACACAGUUGCUUUUGGGCACCUUGGAUAUGGUGGUUAUCCAGGAUAUGUUGGGUACAUAAUUCUCGUUGUCUUAUGCUACAAGAGGAAAAAACAAGCAAUGAAAUUGUCAAAGGCAAAUGAAACAAUUUAUGAAAACAGCCAUAUAAGCAAACAGUUGGCUCUUUCCAGCGUGCACGAGACCAAGAUUUUGCGCAACUUCCCACAGAAUAAACGAGGUGUCUAAUAAUGCACAGCUUUCUGCAACCACAUUUUCCCAGAUCAUACUAUUACAGCCUUUCUGUGUGGAGAUGUACUACUGCUCUGCUUUAUUUGCUGGACAGUGACUAACACAUAUCAGUCAUUAUUAAGAAACUCAAGGUUUGUUUGUUUCAGCUCCAGACUCUGUAAGCAUGUUGCUCACUAGUUUGUUUUCAACAGGAACCAGAGAAGUUUCCAGUCAAACACAUGGCUUUGCCCAAAAAACCAGGAACUUUAGAUCUGUAAAUCUGACAAAAACAGAAUUCUGAAAACAGCGGGUCUGGUAGCACCAGAACCAUUGUUCAUGCUGUUACAAAUAACAUUCCCUUUUUUAGAACUUAUUCUACAAAUAAAACAGCAGCAAUAAAUCAAUCACCAACAAG